AUUCCCUCCAUCAGAAUAUAUAUAUACUUCUGAAUCAAGUAGAUACUUGAGAUAUUUAUCAGCAAUGCGGAUAAAAAAAGAUGAAAAGAAGAGUGUGCAACAGAGAGUUCAAAUUGUUCAGAAAUUGAAAAUGCAUGCAAUACAACCAAAAAAUCGAGAGUUAUUAAGUUCAGCUGUAAAUUUAUUUCAAAUUAAUAAUGAAAGAUCAGUACAAAUAUAUAAGCCUUUAUAUUUAUUCUGAAUUUGUACGAUUCCAAAAAAUAAUGAUAACAACACCAUUCACAUGUCUUCGGAAUGCCAAAAUACAAGAUACCAAUGUGACUCUGAUUAAAUAUGAUACAAUUACAUUAGUUACACUUUGUUUGCACUCUGCAAGAACUGCUGCGGAAUCAUGCUUCACCCCUGUCCACUCCAACCAAAAUACUAAGGCGCAUCAUCCUGGAGAGACAGAUUGUGGUGGACUGGAUCAUGCAGCAAACUGGGAGGAGUGA